AUCAGACAAAUACUACUCCAGCAAAGAUCGGCCAAUGACUUCCUUCCAAGUUCGGCUCGUCGCCCCCCCUGUUACUGCUAUUCGGGUCCUUUUGUUCGACCCGGAUCCGCGUAGCGGGAGAUUCGGACGACCUGAAUCUGCUGCAGAAAGGUCAGAGAGAGUUCGAUUACUUCAAGCUCGCUCUUCAAUGGCCCGGCACCGGUUGCAACAACACCAAGAAGUGCUGUUCCAGCAAUGGCUGUUGCCGCUCCGGCUCGAUUAUUGGAUUCACAAUUCACGGACUGUGGGCAGAGUAUAAUGAUGGGACAUGGCCCUCGUGCUGUGAAGGUUCAGAAUUUGAUGCGAAUGAGAUCUCAAGUUUGCUGGAUGACUUGAAUAAGUAUUGGCCAUCUUAUAGAUGUGGUUCUACCACAACUUGCCAUGGUAGCAAGGGAUCAUUUUGGGCUCAUGAGGUCUUCUGUCUUUUGAAAAAAUUAGCUUGAUUACAAAUGAUCGAGAAACUCUCAAGUAGAUUCAAUUUACCAAGUCAACCAUACACUGACAAUUAAAACAAGUUACGGUAUAUACUUAAUACCGUAGUUUUUGUUUGACAUGAAUCCACUGAUAUCAUUAAUUUACUAGAUAAUUGAUCUAUAACAAAGGAUCAGACGAUGAGUAGUUUGUGCCUCAGUCUAUGGGUGACGUGGUAGUCCGAGUCUACUAAAUAAUUUAUUUGAUGAUGUGCUUAUAUUACAAGGAGCUAAGAACUAACUUAUUAUCCUUGCAUUCCGCUUGUGGUUGACUCUGAGAACUUCUGCUCAGUGGGGUAAACAGUUUGUUGCUGAUGUUCAAUUGUUUGUGUUUUUCCCCCUAGUUGGUCUUGUACAUAUGAUAGCCUAUGAGAAUAAAAAAGAGUUACACAGGCUAAGAGUUUGUAUUUUAUAUGUUAACGUACUUCUAUUUGAAUAUUACAGAGAAACAUGGAACGUGUUCAUAUCCAGUUGUUGAAAACGAGUCUGACUUCUUCUCGACUGCCCUGAACAUUUUCUUCAAAUACAAUGUUACAGAAGCUUUGUUCAAGGCUGGAUAUGCACCCUCAAACUCUGAAAAGUACCCACUGGGAGGCAUCAUUUCUGCCAUUCAAAAUGCUUUCUAUAUGACCCCAGAAGUGGUAUGCUCUGGCGAGGCCUUGAAAGAACUUCGGCUGUGCUUCUAUAAGAAUUUUGAGCCCCGUGACUGUGCAACAGAGUCUAGAAUUGAAAGUGGCAUGAUCUCUCUGAAAACUUCAUCAUGCCCUUCUUAUGUCAGCUUAUCAGUACAUGAAGCAUCACAAUGUAACAGACUCAUGGAUUGGAUCAGUUUGAAGCUAAACUUUGCUGUCAGCUUAUUAGUGUAUCUCUCUAUGAGAAGGGGUUGAAAACAAAGGAGCUGCCAUCUUUCGGUCCACAUGGUAGAUUGCUGAUCGGUAUGAUUAGAUUUCCUUUGCCAUUACUUGAGUCUUGAGAUUCUCUUUUAUCUUAAUGCAUCAAAUGAACAUUCAAAAUGCCAGUACAAUAAAAACAUCCAAUUUACAAAGCUUGUAUGGUGAU